CGUUCCCUUCCACCACCACCGACUCUUCCUCCCUUCUUCCCUCUUCCAUUGUCAAUUCUCACUCAAACCCUUUUAAUUUCAUGGAAUCAUAUUCAUAACUCAUUCCUCCAACAUGCAUUCUCUCAAAGACAAAGUCACACAGAAACUUUCCCAUCUCUUUACCAAUUCUCCCAACUCCUCUUCCCCACCGGAUAGUCCCUAUUCUAAAGAGGGUAAACCUUUGUCUUCAUAUUUAUCUUACAUUAUCCCUUCAAUCAGCUUUGAUGGACCAAAGACAAGUGAGCAUCAACACGAUCGUAAACCAAUUCGAUCAGCAUCUGCUGGAUAUAAUUAUGAACAUUUUGAGUAUCAGGAUAUUCCAAUGGAUAAUUAUGUUGAUUGUAGCUCCAUGUGCAAUAGCAUUGAUUUAUUGAAAGAUGAUAAUAUUAAUGAAGUUCAUACCUCUAGAAGGAGCAGUAGCAGUUCUGAAGUUUUUGAAGAAGCAAAUGAGCAGCAAACACCAAAUACAUCAAAGAAGUCUUCACUCAAUCUUACUGAUGACUCUGUUUUUAUAUCUCCGGAAUUGUAUGAAUUUUUUGAAUCAUGCCUACCUAAUAUAGUGAAAGGACGCCAGUGGGUCUUACUUUAUAGUACGUUAAAACAUGGAGUCUCACUUCGUACACUUAUUCGCAAGAGUGCUGAGCUUUCUUGUCCUGGUUUGCUGAUUGUGGGAGAUAGGCAAGGUGCGGUGUUUGGUGGGCUACUAGACUGUCCCUUAAAACCUACAACAAAGCGAAAAUAUCAAGGAACAAACCAAACUUUUGUCUUUACAACUGUAUAUGGUCAGCCAAGGCUGUUUCGACCUACUGGUGCCAACAGGUACUACUACAUGUGUUUGAGUGACUUACUUGCACUCGGUGGUGGGGGUAAUUAUGCUUUAUGCUUAGAGGAAGAUUUGUUAACUGGAACUAGUGGACCUUGUGACACAUUUGGAAAUGCAUGUCUAGCUCAUAGGCCAGAGUUUGAGUUGAAGAAUGUUGAGUUGUGGGGUUUUACUCAUCCGUCCCCUUUUCAAGGCUAAGAUGCUUUUAUUUGGAUGUCCAAAAGAAGUGCCUUUCCCUCCUCUAUUUUUAUUCUACUCUUUGGAUGUAGUUUAGAUUACCCUUGAGUGUUGAUCAUUUUAAUGUACUGUUACUUUCAGACAUGCCCCCAGUUGUUGUUAGUAUUUUGAAUGCUUGAAAUUCCAUUCGGUAAAAGUUUGGGUUUGUGGUAGUGAGAUGGUCCAACCACAAGGUUGUUUAGUGUAAGGGAUGGAAUUCACACAUUUAACAUCUAAGAAAUAAAGCACUAACUAGGCUAUUUUACCUUCAAAUUUGGGUUUCCCACAACUCUGUAGCUACUAAUAUAACAUUGAUUUUACUGCUUGAUUUGAAAAACUAAACAAACUAGAGGCCAAUCAUUUAAUGGAUUGUGUAAGGCAGUGUCACUACUCUCUAAUGGCUGUGGAUAUCUAAAGUUUGGUGGGGAAAGGGAACUAUGUUCUA